ACGCCGAAGGAAUCGCAUUGCUCUUAUGUUUUACAAAACAUCGACAUCUUUUAAUCGACGAGCAUCAGGUAUCAACUGAGAGAGAACGUUUAGUGAUCAGUCAGCGGCUGACCGCGUGUUUCUGGAAGGGUUAUAGAAGAUUUCCAAACAGCGAAAAACAGAAUACAGAGAGUGAAACAUUGUAUCAUUUUAAAAAAAAACACACAAACCUUAAAAUAGAUGUAAUUGGCUACUGAGUUACUACAGCGUGGAGAUACUUGACCCAUUUGAAACCUGAUUGGUCGCGCGAAUUUCUGGUGUCGCCGGAGUAUAUAUCCUGCGACAUUCGCAACGCCAUGUAAAAGGAAGGUCACAAUGAAACUAGGGAGAACGCCAUGGAUUCCGUGCUGAUGUGCUUCAUAGUUCUGCUCAUGUGUCUGGCCGUGGAAGUUUAUUCUAUUCCUUUACACGGUGCUGGGUUUGAACCCAAUACGCGACCGUACAGAAACAACGGCCUUAUCCGACCUCAAAACAAGAAGUCCGAAAUGGCAAAUAUUGUGUCCGAACACUUGGUUGAUGCAAGGGAUGUGCAAAGUGACGCUUAUGUGUACAAUAGAGCACAAUCCACGUUAAAUCACAGACUACUUUCAGACAUUCGGACAAAACGUCUAAAGAGGAUAAGAAGGUCCCUCUUUGAUACAACAGUUAUUGUCCACGAGGGUAAAAAAAAUCCUUUAACCAGAUGUGACCCGCAUGCUGAGAGACAUUAUUGCCACAAUAACGGCGUAUGUAGUUAUAUUCCCUCGCUGGAACUAAAGACAUGCAGGUGCCCGAUGAAAUACACAGGUCCUCGCUGUGGGAUAUGGGAUAUACAGUAUCUAAUAAGUGAAAUGACGCCUUAUAACUUUUUUAUGUAUGGUAAAUAAAGAACGGAUGAGGGAGUCAUGAAGGUGUCUUGAAGAUAAACGCCGGAGUGUCCCUCCCAACGAAAUUCGGUCACUCCAUAUCGAACGCAACAGACGAAUAAACUAUCACACCCGAACAGGACGGUGACCAAACUUCCAUUUUUCCUUGCAAUAAACUCAGUGUAUUUUUUCCAUAUGUGCGCCAUAGUGGAAUAAAACCACGUGCAAAACAUUAACAUCAAACGUGUUUUACAAGGAGAAAUACAGACAAAGCAGACCUUAGCUCUUGCAAGUUGAACGAAGAUCAGCGUGUGCGCUUCGGUGGUUUAGUGGUUGCAAGUCAUUAACCCUGCCUGUGGCAAAACAGGAGUAUUCUAAUUAGCUAAAACAAAACAGACACUUCAACAAUCGCAAACAAUAAACUCCUUGAAAUCUAAAGACCGACAAUGAUGCUAUCUCAGUUCCUAUAUUUCUUCACCUGUUAAUCCGAAUGUACUAGCGCAUAUGCCAUUUCGUCAAAGAGAUUCCCAGAAAACCAAAUGGCCGAGUCGACGCUUCGAUGAUGAUUAUGAUGUAUUGAAAUAGAAGAAAUUAGUUAUCAGUUGUUUGGCAAAGAAUACAAAGAGGAAGGUUUUCUUGCAAAGAUUGGUUUCAACCCAAUACAAGGCGUCAAUUGACUUUUGCAUUUUUCCCUGUUCACGUGACAAAGAUAAGCACAAACUGCAAAGGGUUCAGGGGAACGAUGAGGUACCAUUUCAUUUCAAUGUAAGAGAGCUUACAGCAUUUCCAUAAAAAGACGUACUUUUUAUUUUGAAAAAAGUAGAUUUUACCCCUAUGUUUUCGAACCCCUUUGACUAUGGGUGUUCGAAAUGUCAUUUUUAUGUCUGUGAUAUUUCCUCAGUCUAAAAGAUGAAUGUAUUGCUGUGACGUAGCAUUUUUGUUUGUAAGAUAUUUACAUGUAUGUAUGAUUUAUCAAAUGGAUACUGUAUUAUUUGAAUCUGCCCGACCUAACGGAACAUAAUAAGUGGCGAGCGAGAUUGAUGGGUAUUGGUAUUCCCGGUGUGUGGUAACAGAGAAACAUAUAGGGCAGGGCUUUGUAACACUCGACAUUGUCCACACGGGCAUUCACUCAACUACUGACAUUUCAUAGACAAUUUCAUUUCACAUUCUAUAUACCCUUGUUCAUUUUAAACUUUUAAUUCCAAAAAUAUCGUUUUUUAUCAAUUGUACUCAUAAAUUAAAUAUUCGUUUCAGUUAAAGAAACUCUGUUUUAUUGAAAAUUCGACUCAGUUCUUGAUUAAUUUAUCUUUGAUUUUAAUAAUUUAUAGUUUCAAAAAAGCUCAGUCAAACUGAUAUGGUGUUGUUUUCAUAAUUAUAAAAUUGCUAGAUGCAAUAAAUGCAUGACUAUGUCCACAUUGUGUGUAUGUCCAAUUGUUUAAUUUGAAUGUUUUGUGUACUGCAAGGUUGUCCGAUUAUUUAUUAUUGUAUAUAAUUUAUUAGGAGAGAGUGAGAGACCGUGAGUGUUUAUUGGAGAGCACCAGUUUGUUAUUGUUCCUGGUUUAUAUUUAUGAAUAUUAUUCUGUUAAAGAUCUGGUUGAAUAUUUCAGCCUAGCUGGAAUUUUAUGGCAAAAUCUACUUUAAGGAUUAAAAUAAAGGAUAGUUAAUUCUG